UAUUUCAAAUAAAUAAAUUAAAUGUCUGUCAUAGCAGCGAAAGGAAAUAAAAUAAAAAGAAUCCGAAAAAUAAUCUACUGUAACACCGGCGGAACUAAGGAAGCUUUCCCACAGUGCAAUUUCACAUUUUUCAGAUUUUCAAUAAUUUUGACAGCAAGAAAAUGGCAAAGAACGGAGAGCCGGAUUAUGAUCAGAAUGGUGAAGAAGGAGAAUGCAAAGUGAAGAUCAUAUGCUUGGGAGACAGUGCUGUAGGCAAAUCAAAGCUGGUUGAAAGAUUUCUGAUGGAUGGAUAUAAACCACAACAAUUAUCAACAUUUGCUCUGACACUUUUCAACUAUAAGACAGAAGUUGAUGGACAGAAGGUUCUUGUUGAUUUCUGGGACACAGCCGGCCAGGAACGUUUUAACAAUAUGCAUCCUUCAUAUUACCAUCAAGCUCAUGCUUGUAUAUUGGUAUUUGAUUCAACAAGGAAAAUAACAUACAAAAAUUUACCAUUAUGGUUAAAAGAACUGAGAGAAUAUAGACCAGAAAUACCAUGCCUUGUUUGUGCGAACAAAAUUGAUGUUGAUUUAAAUGUAACAAAGAAAAGUUUUGGGUUUGCCAAGAAGCAUAAAAUGCCAUUUUACUUUGUGUCUGCAUCGGAUGGUACUAAUGUAGUUAAGAUGUUUAAAAAUGCAAUAAAAGCAGCUGUAGGCUACAAAAACAACAGUACAGACUUUAUGGAUGAAAUCAUGAGAGAAUUAGAGAAUUUUGAAUUAGAGACAGACAAUGGCUUAAAAGGACAAGAAAAAGACAGUAGUGUAUUAGAUAGUGGUUUACAUUCCCCAAGAAAUGAUGAUGACAAAGAUUCAAACAGACCAGCUAGUUGAGAAUUACUCUCCAAACUUAGAUGUUCUUAUUAAUUAUUUAUCUAUUUAUUGCAUUAAAUGGGGACAUUUUCCUUGUUAUUGACGUGCACAGCAUUCCUGCCAGGAAAUGAGAAGCAAUCUCAUGCUAAUAUUUUCCUCUAGACUGCAAGCAGUGUGAACUAUUGAUGUCUUGUCUUCUAGAACAUUUUGCUACCUUUAGAAAUUGUGAAAGAAAAUAUUUUUGUUAAAAGUUGUGUAUUUUACAUCACUUAACUUGCAUUUUCAGUGUGAUUUCACUCAGCAUAUAUGUUGUCAUCAUUCUCCUGUAACAAAUACCUGUAAGUGUCUAAAUAAUAUUUUGGUACUAGGAAUGUAAUAAAGCGUGUGUUCAUAGCAUUCUACACAAUAGAAUAAGGUAUGACCCUCCUCAUGCAUUACGUCCGCAUUGAAGAGGAUUCAAAUAGGAUAAAACUACUGUCAACUGCAUUGACAUUGAAUGUCAUGUUGAAAAAAAGGAGAGGUAUUGUUAUAGUCCUGGCGGCGUUGCCGGUGCUGUUGCCGCCUGCAAACUUGUACCUGGAUCAUAACUUCUUUAGUUCUUGGUGUAUUGUCUUCAUACUUUGCCACAACAACCCUUGGGACAAAACCUUUCAGUAGACCACACUAACCUUGACCUUUAUCCAUAAGUGACCUUGACCUUCAAGGUCAAAAGUCCAAAUUUUGCUUGUUCUUCCUAUUAUUGGCUGUAACUUUGUUAUUUUUGAAAUGGAUUGUCUUCAAACUUGAACAUAAUAAUCUUCAAGGAUAGCCCUUUAAAAUAACCAGUUAAACCUUGACUUUGAAGGUCAAAUUAUUGAAAUUUUCAUUUUUUGGUUAAUAUUGACUGUAACUUUGUUAUUUUUGAAUGGAUUGUCUUCAAACUUGAACAUAAAAAUAUUGAAGGAUAGCCCUUUAAGAUAACCAGACAGACCUUGACCUUCACUCAAAAAUGAUCAUGAAUUUGAAGGUCAAAUUAUUGAAAUUUUCAUUUUUUUGCUGUAACUGGCUGUAACUUUGCUAUUAUUGCAUUUUUUUUUUCUGUAAUACACAUGGGGAUAUAUAGAUAUAUAUUGAAAGGAUUCAUACUUUGACAAAACUAAUGUGACAAAACAGACCGAUUAAAUUUAUAAAAAGGAAAUGUUAAGAUUUCUUCAAGCGUUUCUUUGUUUGCUUUUAGAAAUAGCCCGGCGGUGACUCUUGUUAUUAUAUAAUUAACAUGCUAAAUUUAAGAACAAAUAUGGUACCUGAUAUUUUCAGAGUGUGACAGGGUAAAAAGAAUUUAAUAUUUGAUAAGAUCAACCAAAAUGCUUUUCAGAAAAUUUUGGGCAAACUUUGAAAACAGCCCCUCAUUUUGAUAAAUUUUAGGGAUUCUUUUAAUUUGGCUCUUUUAUUAGGAAAUACGUCAAACAAGUGUUUGAAAUGGGUGGGGUAGGAUAACAUUUUUGUACAUGUAUUUCAAACAUUUUGAGUAGAAACAAUCAUUUUGCUUGUGCAAUUUGUUAGCUGAAUGUUAAUAUCUGUUUUUCAACAAUAACUAACAGGAAACAUUUUAAAUAAGAAUGUUAUUAUAGAUUAUUUAAAGUUUGCGCGUUUCUACAAAAGGGGCCUUCUAAUAUCCCAGGUUUAGUUAAGAAAAGUGUCUAUAACUGGUAAACUGUACAGAAAAUAUUGUUUAAAUUUUGCACACGUGUUAUUUAAGGCAUAUAACUGACCUAUGUUGUCAAGUUCUUAUUUCCUAAUAGUGCCUAUCAGGGGCAGUCAUACCUGAAAUAAAUUCUGUAUAAACCAAAUGUUUUGGGGGGGGGGGGGUUUGUUGAAAAAAAUGUUUUUGUCUUUCAAAGUUCAAAAUAAUUUGAUCAUUAAACUAGAGCUGUAACAUUUAAUACUUUAACCUUAACUUAAAAACAAGUGCAUAAUGCCAUUUACCUUGAUAUUAGUGAUGGCCUCAUUUUUCAAACUAACUAAGGGAUAUAUGAUAACUUACAUCAUGCUUAUAUGCCUAUGUUUGAAGAAAUUGAGCAGAAUGAACAGUUAAACUGAGAUAUUUGAUUUAUUUAUAUAUGAUAUUCUUUUAAGUACAAUAAUACCUUAAUCAGUUAAAGGGUGACUUGCUGUGUAAUAGUGAAAAAGGCAGUUGUAUAGUAGACAUAUAUGUGUUCUAUGAGUCAAAUGUUUGCUUUAUGUUCUGUGUUAUUAAUAGGUUUUGUUCACACAAUAAACAUGCACAUUACUUCCUAAUGUUAACAUAAUAUAUGUAUCUUUUUAUGCCACUGCAGCAUCUGCGAUGUGGUGGCAUUUAGCGAUUCACCUGUGUGUUUGUGUGUGUGUUCUAUAGAUUAUAUAGUGAACUUAAAAAAUCUUCUUGUGAAAAAUCACUAGUCCAAUUUCAACCAAACUUGGCAGGAUUGAUCCUUGGGUGAAGGGCUUCCAAAGUUGUUCAAAGAAUUUCAUUCCAUGCAGAAAUCUGGUUGCCAUGGCAACCAAAAGGAAUUAUAAGAAUAAAUUUAAAAAAUCUUCUUGUAAAGACCCAAAAGGCCUACAGCUUAGAUAUUUUGCAUAAGGCAUUGUCUGGUAGACCUCUACCAAGAUUGUUCAAAUUAUAUCCCUGGGGUCAAAAUUGGCCCUGCCCCGGGGGUCAUUGAUUUUUAUUUGUUUGGGUCGUCAGACCAAACAAAUAAUGGUAGCGAAAUUUCAGAGUCUAAUGUUCUUAUUGCAAAUGCCGAAAGUAGUCCACUUUUUUGAAGCGGUUACUUCCCUUUUGUAUGUACAGUAAAAACCCGCUUUACGACCACCCCGUUUUCGAGACCAACCCGCUAAUACGAACGAUUUUUUAAAGACCCGAAUUUUUUAUUCUUUAUUUUAAUGGUCGCUAACCCCGAUUUUGAGACCACCCCGUUAUUCCGAAAUGCGACCAGUAAAUUCAGUCCCAUUUCGUAAAUUCUGUACAUUUGGAAACCCAUAAAUACGACCGCGGGCACUUUCUCACCUUGAUAUUGACAUGCGUGUAAAUUGCUGAAAUCUUUUUGACACGUGAUGUAAACAACAGUUGUCCUAGUUUUACGACAUUUAACGACAUCCAGUUUACGGCAGAGGUCAAGGUUACUUUGUAUCAAACCCGGAUUUGAUCAAUAAUAUUGUUGAUAAUUUCUUAAUUUCACACCUUUAAUGUCAUAACUGGGGGGUUAAAACAACAAAGUAUUUGCUGGUGUUGCUGCUGUCAUUAUCUCUUUCGUUCCAUAACUUUAAACAAAUACGAUUAGAUUUUUGAAGUUGUUAUCGGCGAUGAAAACUGUGAAAAUAAUUAAAGGUUAAUUGUUCGGUGUGCUUUGUAGUAAAAUGGUGAUUUAAUAGAGUAAGUCGUGUCAUUCUUUUAACAAGAAUGUAAAAAUAUGUUUGUGUUUAAAGACAUUCAUAAUACAUUUUGUACAAAAAAAAUUAAACAAAUAAACAUUUUGUACCUCUAAAGAAGUUAAAAAAUUUUAUUAUGUUAAAAAGUAAAAGAAAAUAAAUGAAAAUAAAAAAUAAUAGUGUAUGCUUUAUAUCUUCUUAUUUGAAAUAGGUUAGCCCAGAAUUAAACAUGUGUACAGUACAUGGUAUCCCUUAAUAUAUUGCCUGGUUUUCUGUUUGGCCAAACUCAUUAAUGAGACCAACCUGCUAAUAAGACCAGAUUUGUAAAGUCCCUUCAUUGGUCUCAUUAGCGAGUUUUUACUGUACACUAAAGCCGAAAAAUUCAGGGGAGAUCACUGCGUAAAGAUGGUCAAAGACAGGCGCAUCAAUUUUCAAGCAAAGUAAUUCCCGAAUGGUCGAAGAUUUCUAAUAUUGUUUUCUGGUAUUUUCUGAUCGAAAAUAACUAAAUACAAAGCGGACAUUCAAUCUCUGACACAGAAGUUUAUGACAAACCUAACAACAAGUAGUUCUCAAAACAGCUUAAAACUAGCGAUUUAAAAGAAAGAAAUAUUUUAUUUUGUUACAAGUAUCCAACAAAUUACAACGCAUUUAAAGUUAAACAAUAGCGUUGGCUUAUAGAAUUGUCAAUAAAUGCACAAUCACAAAUUACGCGGAUGAAUAUGAUUUUAUCAAUGAAAAUACUAUUUUUAGCCAUGUAGAUUACCGAAUACUACACAAACCGAGUAGUGGAAUAUAUAGAUUCUACAUGUCGGACUGUUUGGGCGAGAGGAUUUUCGCUAAAAUAUUUACUUCAAUUUUAAACAACAGGUUUACCCUGAACAAAAUACCUCGAAAUUAAUAAGGAUUACAAACCUGAAUGCAAUGGAAGUUCUAAAUUUAGAAUGACUUGAUAUUAUUCAGACAUUCAGUGUAUAACUUCUCCGUGGUACAGUGGUAACGCGCUCGCUUAGUGAGUGAGAGGUCUCGAGUUCGAAUCCCAGUCGAGGAAAUUUUUUUUUUGUUAAAUUCUUUUUUUAAUUGUUUUUGUUAAGGAAGUAGCCAUGAUUUACAAGGAUAAAGUGUGGCUGUCGUAAAAAAAGUACAUAAAUGACUUUUUGAUGCAACUCUAGUUAUGCAUAAUUCCGUAUGUGCCUUACAAAAUGAAUUAUAAUACAUAAAAAUAAACUUAUACAGGAAAAUGCAUACAGAUAUACAGUACGAUUUAGAUUGCAAAGAUCAGAAAAUACCAAAGAACUUGAAGCCCUUUGAUUCUUUAUAAAUAUACAUGCUUAUAGUAAGCUUCAGGAUUAUUUACAUCUGUGUUAAACAACAGUUAAAAGUCGUUACAAGCCCUAAUUUAGAAUAAUAUGGUUUUCUUCAGGCCGUUCACAUAUAAAUUUAACCGUGGCUGAAGGGUUUUCGGGCUCGCUUAGGAAGCGAGAGGUCUGGAGUUCAAAUCCCAGUAAAGGUAACUCAUUUUUUUAAAUUGUUAAAGUCAAAUAAACAUUGGAUUGAAUAUCAGUGUUGCAAUUAGUCUUAUAGCCAAUUUACUACAAUUAAAACGCUGGAAAGCAUUGGUGGCACUAAACAUAUAAUCUCACAACCUGCACCUUUCUUACAUUCUGAGACCCAAACAAAUUCAGCGCCUUCUGUGCUUUGAUUACUAUAUGUUCAUAUAGUAAAAACUUAAAAUACCUUCUUGUAAAGACCCAAAAGGCCUAGAGCUUAGAUAUUUUACAUAAGGCAUUGUCUGGUAGCCCUAACCAAGAUUGUUCAAAUUAUAGCCCUGGGGUCAAAAUCGGCCCCGCCCCGGGGGUCAUUGAUUUUCACUAUAUGUACAUUUAUUAAAAACUUAAAAUACCUUCUUGUAAAGACCCAAAAGGCCUAGAGCUUAGAUAUUUUGCAUAAGGCAUUGUCUGGUAGACCUCUACCCAGAUUAUUCAAAUUAUAGCCCUGGGGUCAAAAUCGGCCCGCCCCGGGGGUUAUUGGUUUUCCUUAUAUGUAUAUAGUAAAAACUUAUAGUAAAAACUUUAAAAAAAAUUUCUUCUAGCAAUUGACAAAUGCUAAAGGUUAGAUAUUUUGCAUGAAUUAUUGUGUAGUGAACCUCUAGCAAGAUUGUUCAAAUUAUAGCCCUGGGGUCAAAAUUGCCCCCGCCCCCAGGGGUCAUUGAUUUUCAAUAUAUACAUAUAGUAAAAAAUCAAAAAAUCUUAUUGUCUGAAGGUACAAGGCUAAGAGCUUUAAUAUUUGUUAAAUGAUAUCAUCUAUAGGUACUCUACCAAAGUUGUUCAAAUUUUGCCUCUAGUAUCAAAAUAAGCCCCGCCCCUGGGGCCAUAGGUUUUCCUUAUAUGUAUAAAGUAAAAACUUAAAAAAUCAUCUUCUCUAAUUUUACAAAGGCUAGAGUUAAGAUAUUUUGCAUGAAACAUUGUGUAGUGAAACUCUAGCAAGAUUGUACAAAUUAUAGCCCUUGGGUCAAUAUUGGCCCCACCCCCAGGGGUCAUUGAUUUUCACUAUGUACAUAUAGUAAAAAAUUAAAAUCUUCUUGUCUGAAGGUACAAGGCUUAGAGCUUUGAUAUUUGGUAUAUAAUAUCGUCUAUGGGUCCUCUACUAAAGUUGCUUUAAUUAUGCCCCUAGUGUUGAAAUUGCCCUGCCCCAGAGGCGAUAGUUUUCCUUAUAUGUAUAAAGUAAAAACUUGAAAAAUCUUCUUUUCUGAAUUGACAAAGGCUAGAGGUUAAAUAUAUGGCAUGAGACUUUGCCAAGUGAACCUCUACCAAGAUUGUUCGAAUUAUAGCCCAGGGGUCAAAAUUGGUUCCGCCCCAGGGGUCAUUGAUUUUCAUUAUGUACAUAUAGUAAAAAAAAACAACAAAUAUUUUUGUCUGAAGGUACAAGGCAUAGAGCUUAGAUGUUUGCUAUAUAAUAUCAUCUAUAGGUCCUCUACCAAAGUUGUUCAAAUUUUUCCCCUGGUGUCAAAAUUGGCCCUGCCCGGGUGCAGUGAUUCUCAUUAUGUACACAUAGUAAAAACAGAAAAUAAAACAAAUGUUUUCUGAAUGGGAGAAAGCUACAGCUUAGAUAUUUGACUUGAAAUGUUGUUUGGUGGAUAAAGUGUAUCAAGAUUGUUUUGAAUUAAACCCUUGGGUCAAAAUUCUGCCUUGCCCAAGGGGACAGUGACCUUCUUUAUUGUCCUUUGAUGUACAGCAAUGAAAUUUUGUUCAUGUGCACAGUUUUAGUUGUAAAAUUGAACUUUGAUAUCAGGUGACCUAGAUUUUGAUGAUGUGACCUACUUUCUUGUCCUUUGAUGUACAGUUUUGAAAUUUGAACCAUGUGCACAGAUUAAGAUGUAAAAUGAACUUUGAUAUCAGCUGACCUAGAUUUUGAAGUGUCUUACUGUGUUGUCCUUUGAUGUAGUCAUGAAAUUUUGGCUGUGUGAAAUAUGACCUUCACCACCAAAUUUACUUGACUCAAGUGCAUUGAUAUAUUCCUACUCUGAUCUUUUAUUGGAUUAACAAUAGAUUAAACCACUAGUCUGAUAAUAAGAAUUAGAUAGGUCAGGGAUCUAUGCAUUAUGACAAGAAACAAAAAAAUCUAUAUCUACACUACUAUUUAGUGUUGUAUUAAUGCGGUGGCAUAGCAUUUUUCUCAAAUGCAAUCUUGUUAUAUGCCUGAAAACAUUUUGGGCACAUAUUGUUGCGUAUCUAGUCGCCUGUGUGUCUGUUAGCAAUUUGAUGUCUUGAUUGUAUUUUUAGAAAGGGGGGAAAGGCAAUUGUUACUACUUGGCAGGAAUGUUAACCAUAGAGGGCAGGUUUGACCUUCCUCAGGUCAAGGUCACAUUACAUCAUUUUGUAUGAAUUUUAGAAUUAUGUUUCCACUCUGUAUCUUUUGAACUGAUUAAAAAAAUGCAAAUUUUUUGGCAGAAAAAAUUUCUUACAAUGAAACAAUGUGCAGAACACAGGCAGUUGGUUCCUGGCUUGUAUAGUGUACAUGUUCAUGACCAUAUGCACUUCUUUAAAUAAAUAAAAUAUUUUUGUAUUCAAAAUGUUUUUAAAAAAGCUUUUUUUCAAUAAAACAAUAAAAGGAUGUUUGUUUGUUUUUUUUUAAAUUAAUUUCAUCCAUAUUAUCCAUAAAUAUUUUUUUUUACACUUGUAGUAUAGUACCUGCUAUGCCUCUUUAUUUGCCAUAUAGCAUUGCAUGAUAAACCUCAAAAGUUCUUUGAAUCAUGCUACUUGGGUAAAAAGGGCCUACACCUUGGAGGUCAUAUAGUAUCAUAAGGAUAAUUAAGAUAAAACAUUUUAUCAGACAAGUUGCUUUAUUGGGUUUCUUCCCUAAUUGAAAGAUUAUUUUUGAUUACACAAACAAAUUUACAUUCAGGCAUAUAUUGCCCUGUCUGUGUAGGUCUCUUGUUUUCGAAAAUAACCAAUGUACAUUUUCAAUAUUUACUCCUAACAUUUUGUCUUUAGUUUGUUAGUAGUCUUCCAUUUGCAUAAAGUACCUAUAGUGAUAAUUUCAUUGAUUCAGAUAAUUGUGUUGAUAUGUACAUUAAAUCAUCCAGUCUCAUUGUAUUUAAAAACUUAAGUAAAAUUGUAUGUUAUUUUAAAUGAGGUAAGACAUACCUUUUAAGUAAUAGGUAGAGUUGUUAAGUUGAACAAUUUAUGUUGUUCAUGUAGUCAUCUAGGUUUGAACAUUGGUGAGACCUGAUACUAAGCUGAGCUUGUUAGACCAUUUUAUUUGAUGUUUUCCCUUUUAAGCAGUUUAGAACACUUUGACCUAAAUAUUAUGACCUAAAAAAUGAUUAAUUCUAAGAUUCUUAUCAAACUUUCUGUAUAAUGUUUGAUAACCAGUAGUUAUCUGCCUUUAGUUGAUCACCCUAAUGUCUCAUUGAAUGAAAAUGCAGAUAGAAAACUGAGGAAAGUUAUACUGGUAAAUCAGGCACAGUUGUACUGUAUCACCAAUAUUAUCAUAUACAUGUACAUGUAUUUGUUCUUUCAUAUCAGAUAUGUAGAUUUUUGUUUGCUCAGGACAAGUUUUAUGUCUUUGUUUAGAUUCACACCGUUUUGUUGUGUUUAUUUUUCAGCUCACCCGAGCACAAAUUGCUCAAGGUGAGCUUUUGUGAUCACAAUUGGUCCAUUGUCCAUAAGUGCAUCUGUACAGUUCAUAUAUUUUUCAAACGAUUUCUUCUCUGAAACCACUGGUCCAAAUUUGAUGAAAUUUUUCCAAAAUGUUUCUAGCAUGAAGCUAUACUAAAAUAGACUUUCUCCAGAAUUAAGAAUAUUUUGGGUAUUUCCCAGCUAAUCCAGUGGGUACAAACAAAUUUUUACAGUUAUAGCUUCGAAAAUGAGUGCAACAGGUUGACUACCAGUAGUGCAUUUUGAAGCUAUAACAGUCAAUAUUUUAUUAUACCGGGGGAUUAUCUUCGAAAAAAACCCACAUUUGCCAAGUUGCAGAUAACUUCUAUUGUUCAAAUUGUUCUGUGCCAUUGAUCAUCUGGGUCAGAAGGGCAAAAAAAAGAUUUUGAAAAUGAAAUCUUAAAAAAUCUUUGCUGAAAUUGCAAGGCCUAGAGCUUAGAUAUUUUGUGUUUGAUAUUUGGUAUAUAAUAUCAUCUAUGGGUCCUCUACCAAAGUUGUUUUAAUUAUGCCCCUAGUGUUGAAAUUGCCCUGCCCCAGAGGCGAUAGUUUUCCUUAAAUGUAUAAUGUAAAAACUUGAAAAAUCUUCUUCUCUGAAUUGACAAAGGCUAGAGGUUAAAUAUAUGGCAUGAGACUUUGCGAAGUGAACCUCUACCAAGAUUGUUCAAAUUAUAGCCCUCGGGUCAAAAUUGGCCCCGCCCAAGGGGUCAUUGAUUUUCACUAUGUACAUAUAGUAAAAUAUUUUUUUAAAAAUCUUCUUGUCUGAAGGUACAAAGUAUAGAGCUUUGAUGUUUGCUAUAUAAUAUCAUCUAUAGGCCCUCUACCAAAGUUGUUCAAAUUUUUCCACUGGUGUCAAAAUUGGCCCUGCCCGGGGGUAUUGAUUCUCAUUAUGUACACAUAGUAAAAACAGAAACUAAAACAAAUGUUUUCUGAAUUGGAGAAAGCUACAGCUUAGAUAUUUGACAUGAAACAUUGUUUGAGUUAAACCCUAGGGUCAAAUUUUUGCCCUGCCCAAGGUGACGGUGACCUACUUUCUUGUCCUUCGAUGUACAGCAAUGAAAUUUUGACCAUGUGCACAGUUUUAGUUGUAAAAUUAAACUUUGAUAUCAGGUGACCUAGAUUUUGAUGAUGUGACCUACUUUCUUGUCCUUUGAUGUACAGUUAUGAAAUUUGAACCAUGUGCACAGAUUAAGAUGUAAAGUGAACUUUGAUAUCAGCUGACCUAGAUUUUGACAAAGUGUCUUAUUGUGUUGUCCUUUGAUGUACAGUCAUGAAAUUUUGGCUGUGUGAAAUAUGACCUUCACCACCAAAUUCACUAGACUCAACUGAAUUGAUAUAUUCUUACUCUGAUCUUUUAUUUGAAUAACAAUAGAUUUAACCACUAAUCUGAUAAUAAGAAUUAGAUAGGUCAGGGAUCUAUGCAUUAUGGCAAUCUUCAAUUGUAUAGAAACAAAAACAAAUCUGUUCCUACACUACUAUUUAGUGUUGUAUUAAUGUGGUGGCAUAGCAAUUUUCACAAAUGCAAUCUUGUUUCUUCUGAAUUUUGAUGAUAUUUCCUUAACAUUGUCAUUUAUUUAUGGAAGGAUUCAUACUAUCACAAAACUAGUGUGACAAGACAGACCUAUUAAAAUUAUAAAAUGGAUACAUUAAGAUUUGUUCAAACCGUUUCUUUGUUUGCUUUUAGAAAAAGUAAAAAGUCGAGCAUUGCCCCCAUCCAGCGGUGGCUCUUGUUAUUUUUAAAGUUUGUCCAGACUACUCCUCUUAUACCACAUAUGCAAUUUCAAUGAUGCACUUUCAAUGAAACUUGUACUUGUGCAUAUUGCACAAAUUUUCUCGUUGAAUGAUUUUUGGCUAGGUUAUGGCCCUUGAAGAAAAAAGGUACUGUAGUCUCUUUGUGUGUUACCAGCUUCACAGAAGCUUGUCCAGACUACUUUUAGAAACUACAAUUUUAUCCAAACUUUACAGGAAUGAUCGGUACUAAGUCUAGUUGUGGAUAUUAUCAGCUUUUCAUGGUUCAAUAAUUUUGUUGGAGUUAUGGCUCUUUAAUUAUUUUUAAAGUUUGUGCGGACUACUCCUAUACCACUCAUGCAAUUUCAAUGAAACUUAAAGGAUUGAUUGGUAGCUCAAGUUCUUGUGCAUGUUUUCCACUUGAAUGAUUUAUGUCCGAGUAAUGGCCCUUUAAUAAAAAUGGUGUUUUUUGUGUUGCCAGCUAUAAAGAAGCUUGUCUGAACUACUCCUCAUAAACUACUGGUGCAAUUUCAUCAAAACUGUACAGGAAUGAUCAAUACCAUGUCUAGUUGUGCAUCUCAUUAACAUUUGUUGGUUGUCAGGUUUAUGGCCUUUUAAUGAUUUGAAUUUUUUUAAAUUUGUCCGGACUACUCCUCAGAUACCACUAAUGCAAUUUCAAUGAAGUUCUUGUGCAUAUUACACAGGUUUUUAGAUUGAAUAAUUUUUUGCAGAGCUAUCAUGAGGCGACACAUGUGAUCACUGAUCGCUCUUGUUUGUUUACGACUGGCAUAGAAACUUACAGUAUUUUAGGUAGACAUGCAAGAAAACUGUGUUGAGUUUGAAGUUAUAAAAGCAAAGACUAGAUUUAAUGGGGGUUUCCUAUAAAAGAACAAAAAUCUUUAAUCUAGACUCUUCCCAUAAUGUAUCUCUAGUUAGAAUGGACUGGAUAUAAAAGCCAAGAGAAUGAUUAUAUUUUUUUUGUUACAAUUAGAUAGGUUAGAGAUUAAUUAGAAAUGUUAUGUAAAUAGGUGUUUGUUAGAGGUCUUUAAUUUUAAUUGCACAUGUAUAUAGCUUUGUUAGAAGGUUGUAUUAAAGUUUUUUUAAAUUCUGCUACUAUCAUUAUGAUUAUAUAUUAUGUUAUAUAAUUUAAUGCAUUGUGACCAAAAAUAAAAACAUAUCAAUAAUUUA